AUGCCAAAUAAAGAACAAUUAAUCGUUAUCACUUCAAAUAAAUCAGACAUUAAAUUGUCUCUAGAUUAUGAGUACGAACUCGAUCGCAAUGAAGAAUAUGAAUUGGGAUUAAAAUAUUUCUCUGUUUACAAUUCCAUUAGAAAUAUCAACGAAAAUAAUAACCAAAUGAAAAUAUCAACAGAUAACGGAGCUACAUUCAAAACCAUAAGUUUACUACCAGGAAGCUAUGAAUACGUAGCCAUAAACGAAUAUCUAUCUGAAUAUGGAGGAAGUGCAAAUGGUAAAAACAAUAUUGAAUUCGAAGGUAAUUUGAAUCUGAACAAAAUAAAAUUGAUAUUGAGAAAUAAGAGUCAAGUUGAUUUCAACGUAGAAAAUUCUUUGAAUACUUUAUUAGGAUUUGAUAAGCAAAUAUACACACAAUCCACUUUAGCGCCGCAUAAAGCUAAUAUCGAGAAUGAUAUCGACGUCAUUAAUGUUUACUGUAAUUUAAUAAACGGUGGAUUUUUCCAUCAACACAAACGUCAGAUUAUUUACAGUAUUCCAACAUUCACUGUACCGAUUGGAUAUAGAAUUAUAGAGAAACCAUUUCAAACAACAUAUUUACCACUUAAUUCGUUCAUGAUUAAAAAUAUAAAUCUGGAAAUCAAAGAUGGUAAAAAUAGGUUUAUUGAUUUUGGUAACGAAGAAAUUGAAAUUCAACUUCAUUUAAAACAAAAGAACUAA